UUAAAUCAUUUUAGCGAUGGAUCUGUGUAUGCGCAGAUAUCUUUAUUAUGUGUUUAGAUGACUUUCAACACAGGCGUAAAGUGAGUGAUGAGUCCUGUCCCCAGCAAAGAGGCAAGAACUUGCUUUGCAGACUGAGUAGUUGUUCUUUCGAUUGUUAUUGUCGCUUUUUUUAAUUUUAUUUUUUGCGCAAACUUGUUCGCGAUUGCUUUGAAAGUGGUAAAAAAGUGCUUUGAAAGUCCAAACAUGGAACUACAGGGCCUACAAGAGGCGUUGAAAGUGGAAAUCCAGUGUCAUCAGAAACUAGUUGCACAGAUGAAGCAAGACCCACAGAACGGUGAUCUUAAGAAACAACUCCAUGAAAGGCAAUCAAGAAUUACAGCUCUUAGUGAGAAACAAAAACUUGCAGUAAGAACUUGCCCUGUUGGGAACACCAAACCCAUUUCCCUUAUCAAGCCACCUAACCAGAGCUUAACAAUUUCAGUGGUACCAGCAAAGACUCCUGUAUCCAUGGUUACUGCACAUAUUAAUGGACAGAAGGCAGCCAGUGCUGAGCCACCACAGACAGCACCAAUCAACUUGCAGACAGCAAAUAAGAUGAUGGGAAGUGGCCUGAACUCCAUGGGAAGGAGAGUUGCUGAGAUAUCAAGUUCACAGAUGUUAGGAACCAUCUCAGCAGUGCCCCUCAAGGUUCCUCAGGUCAGUUCACUGCACCGUCUUGCAGGACAGGGACCUACAGUUCUACCUCAGGUAAGGCCAAAGACCGUGAUUCCUGACAGCCUCCCAAUUACACCGUGCCGAGACCAACCAUCCAGUCAGCCUCAGACCUUCCAGAAAGCCACCGUGGUCAGUAUCAAGAAUGCAGCCCUGCCUGUUUCUAACAACACUGUCAACCAUGUGCAGCUGCCAAACGGCUUGUCAACAUCAGCGGUACUCCCUGAUGCCCCCAGCGUUUCUCCCUCCCUUAGUACAGCGGGUGUAGCCUAUGCUAUCAUCUCUACUUCACCUGGUAACAGCACGCCCCUUACUUCCAGCACAGGCAUGUCUGUGGUCAAUGAUGGCAUCAAAGUGCAGCCACUGCUCAUCAGUGCAGAAAGCAAGGUAAUAAUAAUUCAGCCACAAGUGCAAAAUCAACACCAGCCUGAGAUUAAAGUUGAACCCAAGAAAUCUUCAGAAGAGCUUUCUCAGGGACCCCCUCUGCCAGCCAAAAAGAAAAAAGAGGACGAUCCAGAGAAAAUUGCCUUCAUGGUAGCACUUGGCUUAGUUACAACAGAACAUUUGGAAGAAAUCCAAAGUAAGAGACAGGAACGGAAACGGCGAAGCACAGCCAAUCCAGCCUACAGUGGGCUGUUUGAACCAGAGCGUAAGCGACUUGCUUCCAACUGUAUGAAUAAUCCUCUGUUCCUAACAAGAGCCAAUGAGGAUCAUUGUUGGAAGGAUGACAUUAUUCACGAUGAUCACUGUGCUGUGUGUAAAGAAGAAGGUGAUCUGCUGCUGUGCGACAGCUGCUCAAGAGCCUAUCACCCCAGUUGCAUUGAGCCCCCUCUAAAGAUGCCCUCAAAAGGAUUGUGGGUGUGUCCUAAGUGCCAGAAAAAGGUCGUUAACAAAGAUGAACGGUCAUGGCCUGAGAACCUGACUGCUGUCCACUCCUAUCUCACCCUCAAAGCAGCAAAAGAGGAGGAGAAAAGGAAAUUGCUGAAGAGAAGCAGUGAACUGAAGAUUGAGCACAAACAACUAGAGGAGCAGGAUCGCCAGCUGAGCAACUCACUCACAAAAUGCAUGGAUUUGAAAAACAGCCUGGUAGCCCGACAGAAAGGCACUCAGGCCUCCCUUGAACGGCUAAAGGCGCUGAUCAGACUCAUUCAAAGGGACCAGGUGAUCCAAGUAACAAUGACUGCCACCACCACAGUAGCCACCUCACUCUUAACCAUCCCGUGGAUUAAACCUGCUGCCACCGUGGGACCCACUCCUUCUGCUCCCAGCAAUGUUCAGAAAAUCUUGCCCACAGCAAUGGAUAACAACUGACCCUUCCGUUAACCCCAGAGCCUUCGCCCAAAACUAACAAAUGAACAGUGAAGUAGUCCUUUUUAAAAAGGCUUCUGGAGAUUAAAGAACAUUUUUUAUAUCCUGAAAUACCAUAGAAACUUAACUUCAAACAAAUUACUAACCAAUGCAGUUUGUAGAGAGCUGCUGUGGCACAAAUAUAUCCCACAAGCAGCUCGAAAAAUGCAUAUUUUGUAAUGCCAACACCUUCAGUGCUUAAGAGAUUUUUUUUUUUUAUUCUUGGCCUUAAUGUAUUUAUGGAUUUAAAAAAAAGACAAACAUAGA